UGGGGCUGCACACUUCUUUAAGAGUCACUGGAGUCACCGCAGCUGAGAAACAUCAAGAUUGAUCAUGACUUCUGUCCUGGGCAUAGCCCUGCUUGCCUUGGCCCUUUUAGGGCCCACCGUGGCCUUUGUCCCCAUUGGGGGUGGGGCAUCCACUCAUAUCAGCAUUACAGGAACGGCUCUAUUGCAAAAAGUGACUGAGACAUGUCGGGCAGUGGCUGAGGCAGCUGGUCAUGAGUUCAAUCCCACGGGUUCGUCUCCUGAAGAGCUGGUCCAGGCCUGUCUGGGACCCACAGCAACAGGAGAAGUGUCUGGUGCCAAGUUUCACUCCGCUCUUCAAGAAAUCUACACCCAGAAUGGACUGGUAGACCGUGACUUUGUCAACAGUGCUCCACACCACUUCAACUCAGAGGCCUUUCUGGAAGGACGUGGCCUAAUCAGAGAGGGCAUGGCGGCCAUUAAAGCUAACAUUGGCAAAGAGAACUUCCAGGCUGCCAGGGAAACACUGGGCAGAGUCCUUCAUACACUACAGGACUUCUAUAGCCACACUAACUGGGUGGAGCUGGGAUACACAGAGCCAUACAUCAACCUCAUACGACCAGACCUUCCUCUGGAAAAUCUGGCAGAUAUCAACACUGCCACCUGCAGUGACUGUGCCAGUGGAAAAUGCCCCAAUCCCAUUCUCCCCAACAUCCUGAAGGAGAAGAAACUCACAUCAGGCUACAUGGGAAUCUUCUCUGCCGCCAAGCCUAAAGUUCAAACCCUUUCUCCUUGUCUGUCCUGGCACCAGUCGAAAGAUUCAGUGGUUGAUACUGAGAAGAAGAGUAGACCUUUAAUGCUUCACGCUCUCUUUCUUUCUCACAGAAUGAUGGGGAUUGCCCGCUCCUCUGUCGUGUGCUUUGUUAUUGACACCACUGGCAGUAUGUCAGAUGACAUCGAUGAGGCCAGAGCGGUUGUUUAUGAAAUCAUUGACAGCAAAAAAGGAACGCAGGAUGAGCCAUCCGAGUACAUUCUGGUGCCUUUCAACGACCCCAUGUUUGGACCUAUGAUCAGAACAACAGACCCUGAUAAGAUGAAAAGUGAAAUCUCUAAGCUCACAGCAUCAGGAGGUGGUGAUACCCCAGAGAUGUGCCUGUCAGGACUUCAGUUGGCUCUCACCGGUGCCCCUGCCUCUUCCCACAUCUAUGUUUUCACUGAUGCUAUAGCCAAAGACAUCGACCUCAAGGACACUAUUGUUGCUCUCAUCAGGAGCUCCAAGUCAACGGUGUCGUUCUUCGUGACAGGUCCCUUCAGCGUGCAAGGAACCCUGGGAAGCAGGAACCUUCCCCUUCCGUAUUGGGAUGAAACUCUUGAAAAAUAUCAUAUCUACAUCACAGGAACAUCCAUUACUUUCACACUGACCAAACCCUGCAGAAGCACCGGUAAACUGGGGACCAUACAGACAGUGGGCAACCUGAGGAGAAUUCGUCUCAACGCUGACAAGCAGACAGGAACCUGGCAGAUAAACAUAAAGUCCAACCAACCAUACACACUUAAAGUCACAGCUGUUGAACAAAACGCCAAGAGUAUCAUUACCUUUAUCUACAACUUUGUGAAAGCUUCGGAGGACCUCACCCAGGUUAUGCAAUACUCAGUGGGCGUCCACAACAAGUAUCUGGUCCUGAGACUAAUAGCAAUAGCACAACAAGUGACAUGGGCCAACGGAGACAUCUUGGUGACUGUUGAUGAAGUCCCUGGGGGAGAGUUUGUGGUCAUUCUGAGAGGAACUGACAAACGUGUCAACAACAGAUUUCAGAGGCAGUCUACCACUCAGAUGUCCGUCUCCAAAGUGAAUAUUCAGGCUGUGGUGGACAGCAGUGUGGAGCCAGGGAAAGCCUUCCAGCUUCCCUUCAGUGUCAUGACCCAAGGCUCUGGUGGUAAAUACUCCAUUGGCGCCAGAAAUGACAGAAACUUCCUCAUGUCCUUCCCAAACAGCCUCACCUUGACAGCUGGACAAUAUGCUAAUGCUACUUUAACCAUUACGCCACCUGCCAACACGCCAUCAGGCACUGAUGUCACUCUGACGAUAGAAGCCAAGUCGUCCAGUGGUGCUGACUCCAAUUACAUCGUUUUGAGAUUUUCGGUUGUUACCAAGAUUACAGAUUUUGUUCAGCCUUUGUGUGAAGUGGUUAGUGUGCUGGCUAAUGAUUGCCCUCAAGAUGUGUCUCAGUGUGGACCUUUCCGAUGGGAGCUCUCGGCCAACCUUACUGAUGGAAACGGCACUGGAAUAGAGACUAUUUCCCUGCGUCAGGGCAAUGGAACCCUCUUACACAGCUCCUUGAGUAAUCCUGUUGUUCGGGCAAACUACACAUCCUCCUGCUGCUCGCAGAUUGUUGAGUUUAUAGCUGUAGAUAAAGUUGGCAAUGUGGGCAAGUGCUAUCAUUCCAUUGUACGUUCUGCUGGCCCUCCUGCUUUAACCCUGUCGCUGCCACUGUGGUUGUGCCUGCUGGUAUCUGCCUUUGUAGCAAGGGGUUGAAGGCCUUAGGCUAGGUUUCUUAGAUAUCCUGCUUAAAUAAAAUGUGAGCAGUGAUGUGUACAAAGUUGCUAGAAAUGAAAUAUUUCUGAUUAAA